AUGAAUAAGGAUGUGUGUAGUAACUUCCUUUAUCUAACGACGAAUUUAAAAUAUGAUUCGAGUAAUAAAAACUAUCAAAUUAUUAAUGGUGAUCAUUUGAAAAAGCAUUGUGAUAACGAAAAUUGUGGGAGUGAUCUCGAAAAAAUUAGUGCUGGAUGUUUAUAUUUUUUUAAUGAAUUCUUUGGGAGUUCUUCUGUGUUUGAGUCGGUUGCAAAAAAUAACAUCAAUAUUGUUGAUUACAUUAUAAUAUGGUUAAGUUAUAUGUUAAACCUAAAGGAAAAUGAAGGAAGCGAAAGUCUAACUUAUUUUAAUAAUAUAUAUAUAAAUAAUGAUAAGUAUAAAAAUUCUAUAACUUAUAUUAAGGAUUAUAAUAAUUAUAAGGAUCUUAUAGAUAAAAAUCAUGAUUUGACGAAAGUGGAUAUUAAAGAUAUAUCUAAAUUUUAUGAUGCAUUUAAAACAUUAUGUGAAAUGUAUACUGCAUUUGAUGAGGACACGUCAAAUUGCACAAAAUGUUCGGAAAAAGCUAAUCAAUUUGUUCAAAAAUAUAAAGAACUUAAUAAUAAUAAAGGCAGUUCCUAUAAUAAAAUAUUGUCUACAUUAUCAACUGAUUAUAAUAAUUUAAAAAAUAAAUGUAGCAAUAUUGCAUCUUUUCCAGAGAUAAACACAUCAACAAAUAUUGAAAAAAGUCCUGAACAAGCUUCUGUACAAAAUUCUGCACAAACAUCUGAAGUUACAUCAUUAAGUUCGUCGAUAGGAAACAAAUUAAUUCCAGUUUUAUCGAUAUUUGGUGCAAUAGCAUUUUUUUUAGGAAUUGGAUAUAAGUAUUCAUUAUUUAAGUCUCGAAAACGAUCUCGAAAACAGCAUUUAAGAGAAAGGCCAAAAAAAUAA